AUGGCCUCCGAAGAUCGACUUUGCAGGAGCAACUCGGCUUCGCACUGGCGGCACGACUUUGCGGUAGUCGAGAACAGGAGUGAGGAAGCAACGCGUGGAACCGUUGGACCAUUCACGACCAAGAGACCGCCUCAGUGCUUUGCUAUGGUCCACAAAAUGUCACGAUGGGAUAUCGACUUCAAGAUUGUCCAUCCUGAAAAGGAACUUCUGCCACGACGCUAUCCAGCACUGUCACUGAACUUGCCACGAAUGAUGAAUCAAAGUAUGCUCUGUGCGUCUGCAGCUGAGACCGUCACAGUACUGCAUCAGCAUACCGGGUGUCUGGCAGGCCGAAGUCUGCAGUGCGAUCGCUCAUCAGCUCCAUACGAAUUGACCUUGUCUGCUGUCAACGACCCAUUCUCGAACAGGCCGCUUUCUACCAAGCCCGAGGCGCUUACCUAA